AUGGACAGUAAUUUUUUAAAUUCUGCACUUUCACAGCCAUUACAUGAGAAGAGUAGUCCAUUCUCCAAUAACACUAUGCAUACAGUGAAUGAGCAGAAGAUUAAUGAUGCUAGCUCAGAGAUUACCGAAUCCGAACAAUCGAUAAUUGACCCAGAAGUUAACAAUAUUAGUAGAACGCAAUCACAGAAUUCUCAAUACAUAUAUUCACAAUCACAGAAACCGAUAGUUCAAUCUGCGACAUCUGAAAUACCAGAUUCUAAUGAGCAAUUCCACAUAAACUUUCCAACGCCACCGUCUUAUAGACAAUACCACAAUAUGCCAGUGACAAAUGAUCAUCAAAGCGAUCCUGGUACACCACCAAUUAGUCCACCAAUCACGAAUACCAACAAUGGUUUUAUAAUGCAACAUUCAAAUGGCUCUAGAGUUAAGAGUACAUAUGAUAAUAAACCAGUUUUCCAGCAUAGACAAUCAGAUAUGAAUGAUCAACAAGAUUACAGCUAUCAAUCUAGAGUUACAAUACCAGAUGUAAUAGAUGAGGAUGAUGCGGUUUAUAAAUCUGCACAAAUACAGAGGAGAUCAGAUCUAGCUAAUUGGGCACCAUCUAGAGCUACGCCUGCUCAGCAAUCUUCAAAUAUCGCGAACUUACCAGAUUGGCGUAUAAUUGAAGCAGAUCGUAAAGCACAAACAAGUAUGCCAACAUCACUCGUACAAGCAGAUUUAGAUUAUAGCAUGCGUCAUUUACUCAGCGAGAAAGUAUUCGAGGAGCUUAUCAGAGAUCCACUCGGUAGACACCGUUUUAGAGAGUACCUCGAGCAGGCAGGUAGUUCAUCUAUAUAUAAACUCGAUUACUGGACUGAUGUUGAUGUAUUUGAGAGGAUAAUCGGUCAACUUAGAGCUGGUUCACAGGCCUUACAUGAUCUCUACAUUGCACCUUCUUCGACUACUAAAGUUGAUAUGCCGCCUAAUCAAUCAGAAGUUGUAUUUCAUCGUUUGAGAUACCUUAAUGAACUGGACUCUGGCUUAUUUAGCUCACAGGCUAACCUCCUACACUCACUCUAUGAGGUUGAGUUCCAGAAUUUUAUCAGACAUAAGCUCAUCGAAAGGAGCAAAGUACGUUUGGGUAAAGAGAACUUAUCUGAUUUAGAGAAAAAUGGUUUGGGUGAUUCGUUUGUUCUCACAAAUCCAAGACUGAGAGAUCAUCCUAUUGUUAUGUCAAGUCUUGGUUUUACAAAGGUUACGGGAUUUGAUAGAACAACUAUCAUCGGUAGAAACUGUAGAUUUUUGCAAGGUCCAGGUACGGCGCCUGCAGCUGUCCAAAGGAUAAGGGAUGCGCUUAACAACGCCGAACCAAUUACAGAGUUACUCCUCAACUAUCGUAGAGAUGGUACGCCAUUCUUUUGCCUGGUUAACAUUAUCCCUCUGCGCGAUACGAAAGGCCAAGUCGCUUACUUCAUUGGUGGACAAGUCAACGUAACUGGUAUCUUAUCAUCAAGGAAGAACUUGUCAUUCUUGGUUGGUGGCAGUGCACCAUUUAUUUCAACAGAAGCUGUCAGUAGUACAGCAGUUGCGUUUUCACCUACAAUGCAAAGAUACAACAAUCAUGAGAAACAACCAGAGAAAAUUGAUAGAGUUGGUGCAGGAUCUGUAGCAGCUGGUAGCUUUGACGAUCGUUCAAUCCAAGACAGUUUCCACGGGGCUAGAGCAUUCGAUCAUUUCCAACCUGAGCCAGAAAAAAGUGGUAAUAUUUUCAGUCGUAUUUUCAACUCCAGUCAAGCGAGAAAGGAGAAGAAGGCGCUAGACAAGGGUGCACAGAGACUUCCAGGUGCUGAGAAUAUGCUUGGUAAGGAAGCCCAACCGAUUGAGAAGCAAAUGGAAUUCUUCAAUCACACUUAUAACAAACUUAUGAUAGUGAAACGCGAGAAAAGAGAGAUUGUUUUCGUCACGAAAGAACUUCUCGGUUACUUAGGUUUACCUACAGAUACUAUCAGACAAUGUACAGAUAGUGCUCUCAAUCAUCAGGAUCUCAUUCAGUUAUUGACAUGUGGUUCAGAACAUAGGUUGGAGUCUAAACGUAUAAAGACAGCACUCAAGCAGGCUUUCAAAGAGGGUGUACCACUUUCUGUUACUUGUGGUAUUAAAUGUAGAUCAAAGUUUAGUUUGAGAAGUUCGUCUAAUACUGAUAUUCGAUUUGGUGUUUUACACGCUACGCCACUUGAAGAUCGUGAUGGUGGAGUAUACGCAUAUUCAGUCGUUUUUGGAUAAUAUUUCAAUGUUAUUAAGUUUAUAUACACGCAAAGAUAGUACGCAGAUUAAAAGAUGCAAAAGAUGCAA